CCGGCGGCCGGGGAAGAGUGUGGACGGUCGCCGCUGCUCACCUGCGUACACACACCCACACACACACACACACGCACACGAGCCUCCACGACGUGUGUACGCACCAACCACCAAUUAUCACCCACAACACCAAGCUUAGCUCGUGGUCUUGUUUACAGACUUCCUUGAAAAGAAAAUUAACUUUGUUUUCUCGACAUUUCAAUUAAAAAUCUAUAUACAUUGAGACCUUGUGAGGUGAUAAUGUUUUGACAGUCGUCGGAUUGCCAUUGAUGGUGUUCUGAAGCCCGUCCGAUCGUGGCAUCGCUAAGUGGUGAGACAACAGGAGUGCUGCUUCGCUGCCAUUGGUCGGAAAGUGACUGAUUUGGUGAUUACAAGACGAUGAAGGAACGUGGUAAUGGUGACGUGGAGGAGAGUGGAUAGUGGUAGCUGGUGAUAGUGAAGCCCUCGACACUGUCGCAGCGGAGAUAGUGACUCUUCACCAUAUCCCCAGCACCUUCAUCACCACAAUGGAGAACGAGACUCUGGCAGACUACGGCGCCAACGACUCCGAGAGCCACUUCCUGCCGGUCAAUGGCACCUGUGGCACCGGUAAUGCCACAGACUUCGUGAACGUGAGCAACCUGUACCCGCUGGACCUGGCCGUACCGCUGUACGGGUACGCCAUGCCCGUACUGCUGGUGGUGACGACGGUGGCCAACACCAUCAUCGUGGCCGUGCUGUGGCAGCACCACAUGCGCUCCCCCACCAACGCCGUGCUGAUGGCCAUGGCGCUCUCAGACAUGCUCACCGUACUCUUCCCAGAGCCCAUGUUCUUCUACAUGUACACGCUGGACAACCACGCCAAGCCGCUGCAUCCCGAGGCCGCGUGCUACGCCUGGAGCUUCCUGCACGAGGACAUCCCCAACCUGUUCCACACGGCGUCCAUCUGGCUGACGGUGGCCCUGGCGGUGCAGCGGUACAUCUACGUGUGCCACCCGCCCGUGGCCCGCACCUGGUGCACGCUGCCACGCGUCAUCAAGGCCAUAGUGUUGAUCUUCAUCCUGGCCACGGUCCACCAGGCGCCGCGGUUCUUCGACACCGUGUACGACAUGGUGGACAUGGAGUGGCACGGAGAGUGCGUGUCCGUCUGCAGCGAGAAGCUCAGCGACUGGGUGAUGCUCAUCACGGCCGACACUUACUUUCCCAUCUACUUCUGGUUCCGUGUCGUGUUCGUGCACCUGGGCCCGUGCACGGUGCUCGUCGUGCUCAACCUCCUGCUCUUCACCGCCAUGAAGGAGGCGCAGAAGCGCAGGAAGAAGCUCCUACACGACAAGAACUCCAAGAGAGAAUGCAAGAAGCUGAGCGACUCGAACUGCACGACACUGAUGCUGAUCGCCGUGGUGUCGGUGUUCCUGGUGACGGAGAUCCCGCUGGCGGUCAUCACGCUCCUCCACAUCGUCUCCAACAUGGGCCUCGAACUCUUCUCCAACGAGUCCUACAACAUGCUCAUGUAUUUCUUCAUCCUCUCGAACUCCUUCAUUAUAUUCUCCUACCCCAUCAACUUCGCCAUCUACUGCGGCAUGUCGCGCCAGUUUCGCGAGACGUUCCGCGAUCUCUUCAUUCGCGGACGAACGCCGCGACGGGAAGACUCGAGUCGCUAUUCUACGAACAACGGUCCUCCCCGCACGGGCCGUUCGUGCACCUCGGAGACGGUCAUAUGAGGCAGGGCGGCGCCAGGUGGAGGCAGCAGCUCCCGGCGGCCUUCAGCUGGUUGCCAUCCAUCGCCCAAGUCUUCAGAGAGAAGCACCCUCCCUAACGGAACCCGCAGCUCCGUCGUCAGCGUCUUCGACCCGGCAGCUGACAAGUCGCAGCAGCAGCAGGAGUACAAGAAGGGUCUUCCCAAGAGGGCGAGUCUGGUGCGCAACGCCACAGAAGUCGACUACUGUCCCCUGGAGACCAUAGAGGUGGGAAGCGCAACAGAAGACACAGAAGAGAGCACUAUGCCCGGGAGCGAGGAGCAACAGACGCUGCUGGCGAGCACGCAGAAGGCAGACACCCGUCGGAGUCCCGCCUCAGCCCUCAGGGUCCGCUUCGAGAGCCCGGGUUCGAGCGCCACGUUGGGUUACGACACCGACGACAACACCACUCCAGCGUUCAACGAGACGGUCCUGUAAACACCUCCUGGCGCUUGUCCUCACCAGCCACCGUCACCACGCUCCUCAUGAGGCGCAGUGUGGACGGGAGGACGCCUGGAGCCCCACAUCACACUCAACAUUAUCUGGAGGAUGUCUUCCCAGGCAUGGCUCGUAUGGCUGGCAUCGGUGCGUCACGCAUAGUCACACUUCAAGUUCUCAAGACGCACACGCACUCGGAACCCUGGAGCUGUAACUCAAAGGCACAUGCGCUCCUCGCCUAGUGCUCAGACACCCGUCAGCUUGUUGGCUCCAGGCAUGCGUCAGCUAGUUGGCUCCAGGCAUGCGUCAGCUAGUUGCCUCCAGGCAUGCGUCAGCUAGUUGCCUCCAGACAUGCGCUGGGUGCUGCCAUGCGCCGGACGCUGAGACUUGUGUUCACACAAACUCGUGAGCACUCUGUAUGACCUCUGAGCCCCUGCAGUAUAGAGUGCUUACCAGUUUACUCGUGUAUAUGUAUACACUAUAUGUAUAUAGUAUAAUAGUAUAUAUAUAGAUAUAUUCAUCGUCUUUUCUAAUCUUUUAUAUUCCUUCCACUUAUCGUUUUCGUGUUGUUGGCCAUUAUUCUUCUUCUUCCCCAUUAUCGUCUCUCCAGCGGUCCCAAGGAGAGCUUCGGUCUCCUCCAUACGCCAAAGUGGCGCAUAUAUCACUUUCUCCCAGAUGCCUUGAAGAACGGCUCUUAUAUCCAUACUUCUCCUACAUCUCUUAUAUCAACAUUUUACACUUCUUUAUCUAUUUCCCAGCGUUCAUGCAAGUGUUUUUGGCGUAGUAUUCUGUUCCUUCGCUCAUCGUGGAUAGGAUCUGUGCAUACUCUCAUCUUGAAUAGGAUCUAUAUGUAUGCAAAUCAUAAAUAGGAUCACUUUUUUCCCCUCUGUGAAUCUUUGCAGAUAAAUACGCUUAUUAUAUGUACCAGGUCCGAGGCGGGUGAGAUAGGGGACCAUUGGUCUAUGGGACCACACAAGGAGGACAGGUGCGAGACAGCUGGGAUGACGGACCCUUGCUUCUUGGGGCCAUUCAAGGAAGUGUAAUAAUUAUUCCCUAUUUAAGUGAGUUUUGUUACUAAUUGUAAAUAAGGAGCAGCUAUUUUUUAUGCUUUGAAGUGAAUCCUUUAAAUGCGGAUUUAAUACGGCCACACCCCUAGUGUGGAUUUUUUUUUUUUUUUUUGGAAAAAAACAGAACAAAUAGCUAUUUAAAGGGAAUAUAAUUGCGAUCUCGGAAACAAAACUCAGGCAAUUUAGAUGCUGAAGUUCAACUGUCAAAAGCUGAUUAAGGAGUAUUUAUUUCCAAAAUGGACCUCCUCCCAAAAACUCAAAUAAAAUUAUAUUUAGGAAAGACAUGUGACUAAUACGUCGUAUUACCCGCUAGACUAAUACAAAUGGUUUCAUCUGCCAAAAUUUAGAUGUGAGGAUAGAAAAGGGAUUUUGGGUCCUUGGAGCAUUGGAAAAAAAAAAUUGGCUCUCCGAAAAAAUUGGAAAAACGAUUCCAAAAAAAUUGUUGUGCCAUGUUGUGAAAUAAUAAAUAUUGAGGGGUUUUGGGGAAACAAAAUCCAAUUUGCCCGACUCUGUGAGACACGAUGAGAAACUGAGGUUUAGUGUCUCACAUAUAGGAAAAUGCAAGAAACUAUUGGUAUUAAGAAAAUUUAUCAAAAUAUGAUUAUCUACUAAUGGUAAAGGGGAAAAGAAUUUAGAUUUUAAUAAAAUGACAAAAACUAUAUUUGUUGUUUUUGAGUCUGUUGAGAUGAGAAAUAUGGCCAGGGUGAAGUGACAUCACCCCCCAUCUCACACCUCACCCCUCACAUCACCCUCACCUCACCCAUCACCUCACUCUCAUCUCACACAUCACCUCACUCUCAUCUCACACAUCAUCUCACACAUCACCUCACCCCUCACCCUGGUAAUGUUGCCUCCACUCUCCUUCCCUAUAUCGUCCUCUAUUAUCACAAGCCCAUUCAACCAGACUGUUGUGCAUGCAAGUCAUUAAAGAAUCACAAACAUCAUUAAAUAUGGCAAGAAUAUCGUGCUUGGAGACACGGGUGGAGGGCGCUGGUGCGGCAAGCAGAGAUCAGGCAGCAUCCUCUCAAGCAGAGAUCACGCAGCAUCCUCUCAAGCAGAGAUCACGCAGCAUCCUCUCAAGCAGAGAUUACGCAGCAUCUUCUCAAGCAGAGAUCAUGCAGCAUCCUCUCAAGCAGAGAUCACGCAGCAUCCUCUCAAGCAGAGAUCAUGCAGCAUCUUCUCAAGCAGAGAUCAGGCAGCCUCCUCUCAAGCAGAGAUCACGCAGCAUUCUCUCAAGCAGAGAUUACGCAGCAUUCUCUCAAGCAGAGAUCACGCAGCAUCCUCUCAAGCAGAGAUCACGCAGCAUUCUCUCAUGCAUAGAUCACGCAGCAUCCUCUCAAGCAGAGAUCACGCAGCAUUCUCUCAUGCAGAGAUCACGCAGCAUCUUCUCAAGCAGAGAUCCCGCAGCAUCCUCUCAAAGUGGCUCUUGAAGCACCAGUGGGGUGCCGGUUCUCUAGCCCCGGGGCAGGAGACGUCAAGAGUUACCCAACCCUUUACGAAACAUCUACAUCUUUCAACAAUCGUGCCAGCUUUCUCUGCGUUUAUUAAACAGUUUGUGCAUUUGGAAACACCCCAAUGUUGUUUAUAAACACCAGCCAACUGGCCCUCCAGUAUGCCAGCUGGGUACUGGAGAACCAGCUGGGUACUGGAGAACCAGUUGGGCACUGGAGAACCAGGUGGUAAACACGCGGAAGCUGGCCAUACUCGCCUGAGUAUACCGCAUACAACCAUGAACCGCUGCUCAGGUUGAAAUAUACAGUUGAAUGGAUCUGUAAACAGGAACUUGUAUUUUGUUGUAAUUAUCAUACUGUGUAGAGUAGCCUUUCUCAGCCUCUUGACAGAGGCGUCACUCUGUCUAAACAGACAGUGACUGUCCCUCGCCUGUCUCCUGAUGUGGUCCAAGAGACAGACUUCCUGCUCACAUUAAAGGCUUAUUGUGCCUGUCGUUGUAAAUAAAAAUAAUAAAAAAAUAAUAUAUAUAUAUAUAUAUAUAUCAUAAAUAUAUGAAACUGUAUAGUUAAACACAUUAGAAUUGUGUGUAGAAUUGUGUAUAUUUACUGUGGGACUUUGCCUGGUGUAGCCUAAGUGUAUAAGAGUGGAAAUGUUGCCUGUAGUGGAGAUGUAUAAGAGAUGUGGAAGUCUCAUUCAUUUAUUGUUUGAUGUGUGUCUCUGUUGUAACGUCCGCGCUCGUGUCACCAACACCUACACUCAGUAACGUAACUGGUGUUCAGCUCUAUGUGACUCUACAGACGAUAAUACACAGCGUUCUGCGAAUAGAAUCGGUCAACCAUCUUCUUGAUGACAAAGAAAUAUGCAUCUUGUAUUAUUUUUUCACAGCAAGAAUGAUUGUUUACGUUGGUUCUUGUACCUAACGUCCUGUUUCGUGGCAGGAAGGUGGUUCUAUCAUGUUACUUUAGGGGUUAGAACCAGCAUGAUGCUGGUUCAUCUCCCUGGUCCCAGAGGGGUGACAUCUCUAGAGACAGAUGAGAUAAUGAUGCUUUGAAUCACAUGAUUUCAACACACUGGGAACACAGAACCAUUGUCAACACCUUCGACAGACUGGUGAUGAAGAACCAGGUGAACCGCCCGCCCAUACACAGGGCGGGCUGUUGGUUGGGCCGGGUGGUAGAGCAACGGUCUCAAUUCAUGCAAGUCGGCGUUCAAUCCCUGACCGUCCAAGUGGUUGGGCACCAUUCCUUCCCCCCGUCCCAUCCCAGAUCCUUAUCCCGACCCCUUCCCAGUGCUAUAUAGUCGUAAUGGCUUGGCGCUUUCCCUUGAUAAUUCCCCCCCUCACUCAUAUCACUCACGGUUUUGAUCCUGCACCCGACCAACCGCCCGCCCUGUGCAUUUUUAUACAUGACUACACACACACAUAUGUAUACACACCUGCAUAUACACCUUUAUACUCACGUCAUAUUUCACAGGCUUCCUCCUCGUGGCUUACAACACAAUAUCCCGGAUAUUGUCCAAUUUCAGGCUCAAUAUUUUCAGUGCCUGACUGUCCAAGACUCUCCCAACCUCUUCCUCACUCUCCCUCACCCGUCCCUGUCCCUCCCUCACCCGUCCCUCACGUCUCCCUCACCUCUCCCUCACCUCUCCCUCACCUCUCCUCCCAGACAAUAAAUCUUUCCUCAGCUGCCAAAAUGUCCUUCACGAAGCCUAAACUGUGUUGCUUAAUGCCAAUAAAAGUGUAUUAAUUUU